CAGAUUGGUCAAAGUGACUGCUGAGUGUAUUUUUAAAUAUUUUUAAAAUCAACCCGCGGGACAUGACAGAGUUUCUGUCUGCGUCCUCUGAGAUAAAAUGGCGUUGUUGUCGCCAUCAUCUGUGCUUUUGGCACUAGUUUUCCUCGCGGCGGAAGUGACCCUCUCUACAGGAAGCAAUGCAUGUGUUGCCAGAAACUUUGGCCAUGACUCUGUGGUGUGUGAGUGUAACUCAACCUACUGUGACAGUGUUGGGUCAGUCACUUUGCCUCCACUGGGCCAGUACUCCUCCUACCUGACCAGCAUGGCCGGCAGCAGACUGAAGGCGGGCCGGGGUCCGGUCCAGGUGAACAGCACCGGUGCAGGCCUCAGGUUGACGAUCGUCCCCUACCAGAAGUACCAGAAGAUCAGGGGGUUCGGUGGAGCAAUGACGGACGCAGCGGCCAUUAACAUCCUGUCUCUUUCUGCUGGUGCACAGGACCAGCUGCUGCAUCAGUACUUCUCCCCCGAAGGUAUCGGCUACAGCGUGGUGCGUGUCCCCAUGGCCAGCUGUGACUUCUCCACCCGUCUGUACACAUAUGCUGACACACCUGGAGACUACAACCUGGACAAUUUCACACUGGCCCCCGAGGACGUCAACAUGAAGAUCCCUCUCCUGCAGCGUGCUCAGGCCUUGUCUCCUCGCCCCCUGUCUCUGCUGGCCAGCGCCUGGAGCGCCCCCGCCUGGAUGAAAACUAACGGUGCUCUCAUAGGAAAGGGCUCCCUGAAGGGCCAGCCUGGGGGCAAGGAGCACAAAACCUGGGCUCAGUACUAUAUCAGGUUCCUUGAGGAAUAUGCUAAAUAUAACUUGACCUUCUGGGCUUUGACAACAGGGAAUGAGCCCUCUGCAGGACAGAUGACAAACUACAGUUUCCAGGCUCUUGGCUUCACUCCUGAGGAGCAGAGGGACUGGGUGGCUCUGGACCUGGGCCCUGCUCUGCAUGCUUCUUCACACCCACGCACACACGUCCUCAUCCUGGAUGACAACCGCCUGCUGCUGCCUCACUGGGCCAAAGUGGUCCUAAAUGACAUUCAUGCAGGAAGGUUCAUUCAUGGCGUGGCAGUUCACUGGUACAUGGAUAGCCUCGUCCCGGCAGAGAUAAGCCUGGGAGUCAUCCAUCAUCUCUACCCAGAGUAUUACCUGUUUGGCACAGAGGCCUGUUCUGGCUGGAGCCCACUAGACAAAGGGGUGAAGCUGGGUAGCUGGGACAGAGCGGAACAGUACGCACAUGACAUAAUAGGGGACUUAAAUCAUUAUGUUGUGGGUUGGACUGACUGGAACCUGGCAUUGGACCAGACUGGUGGGCCAAACUGGGUUAAAAACUUUGUGGACAGCCCUGUUAUAGUGGAUGCAAAGCGGGAUGUCUUCUACAAGCAGCCACACUUCUACAGCAUGGCCCACUUCAGUAAGUUCCUGUGGGAAGGGUCUCAGAGAGUGGGCGUGUCCGCCAGUCAGGAAACAGAGCUGGAAUACUCUGCUUUUAUCAGACCAGAUGGAUCAGUAGUGCUCAUCAUACUCAACAGGUCAUCGUCAGUGAUCCAGUUUGAAGUCGGGGAUCUGGCUGUGGGCUACAUCUCCGCCGCCGCACCGGCUUAUUCAUUGCUCACACUGGCUUGGAACACACACUGAUCAUUAAUACAAGUUCACAUACACCUCGACCACAUUACUAAUGUGUUAUGCACAUUUCAUGUUGAGAACCUUCUAUUACUCUGAAUACGUUGUCUCUAUUAAGCCACUCGCACACGUUUUCAUAAUCUGCUGUGCUUUUCUGCACAGCUUUAGUAAUUCAGUAGUCACUUAAAAUAACCUCAAACAUAACUUCAUUAGAUUUUCCUUCAAAAGCCUAAAAUGCAGCGAUUCCUAUUGGGAACCUGAAUGUAUCAGUUCACCUGACUGACCUGUGCCAAAACUACUGCCUUGAUUUCCAGCUAACAAGAUGCUUCAAGUGUCCUCACAAUCACAGAAAUAAUGUACAGAAAUUGUAAAUGCCUUCUGUUGCUAUUUAAUUUUAAAAUAAAGUGUAAAUUGUUUGAAAAUACACAUUUUAUGUAUUUUUGGGUGCAGUCACCCAGGUUUGAGAACAUAUACCGUAUAUAAUACAAAGAACAAUGAAAAUUCAACUACGA